AGGGAGUUUGAGUUUUUUAAAUAAAGCGGGAAAGCUGACAUUUGUCUAAACUUUGAGCCUGUCUGUGCUCCAUCCCAACAUGCGUGGACUUGCACUUUUGGGGUUUGUCAAGCAGCAGAAACAGCAAAGGAUCAGUGUGUUAUUUCAGUCAUAUCCCGCUUGUCGUUUUGGCUACAGAAAACACAUGUUGGACCCUGGUGAUGAUGUCUUGGCAUGGGGAGAGUCACUCGACCAUCUUCUGCAGUGUAAAACAGGCCAGCUGCUGUUUGAGGACUUCUUGAGGACAGAAUACAGUGAGGAGAACCUCUUGUUCUGGCUGGCGUGUGAGGACUACAAGACGAUUACUAGUCCGGCAAAAAUGACGGUGGCUGCCAAGAAGAUCUACGCAGAGUUUGUCCAAGUUGAUGCGCCUAAACAGAUAAACAUUGACUGCGUGACAAGAGAGGAAAUCAGGGAAAACCUCUCUCAGCCGGUGCAAAAUUGUCUUGACGGGGCGCAGAGAGUGAUAUACAGUCUGAUGGAAAACGACUGUUAUCCGCGAUUUCUGAAAUCAGAAAUGUACCAAGGUCUCCUGGAACAGGCUGAACAGCAAUGAAAGCAUCAUGAGCGAAGGAGCCUGUCCGACACGUCUCUGAAUGAUUGAUUCUGCUCUUCAGCCGACUUUCCUAAGCAUCUCAGAUUAAACACAAAAGGCUUCUCUGUCAGAGGAAGACCUGGAUGGAGCUACGUAGCUGUCGAAAUGAGGACUGACUGGCUUUAAAAGCCAAAAAUGUAAAUCCAUUGGGGAGCUUUUAAAAUCAGAAUUUGUGUGGAUUGUUUUACACUUUAAAAAAAAAGCCCUGCAUUCCACUCUGGGUUUGUUUUGGAGCCUCUCCUCCGAAGAUGGCAGACCCAUUAAAAAAGUGCAAUUAAUCUGGAACUACUUUGUCUAUUUGGGCUUUUUUUUUUCAGGAUAAAAGGGAACCCCUGCGAGUCUUCAGAUGUUUAAUAAUCAGUUAAUAUGUUACUGGUGAAGAAACGAAUAAAUAUACCACACAAUGUUUUGCCAUAUUUAUGCUAAGCUAACCUCCUAUUGGCUGCAGCGUCUUUGAGAUAAACGCUGGCCAAGUUUAUAUUCACAUUUAGCCAAGAUGUCAAACUAUCCCUUUAACCUCAGUUGUAAGCUGAAUUUGCUCCCAUGAUAGUAUUGAUCAGCAUCCAGUGACACAUGUUUAUGGCCUUUACACCGGAGGAUUGACAAAUAAGAGACGUGAAGAUGUGAAAUGCUGUAUAAAUUUGAGAAAUUUGAAGGGACUUAAAAACCUUAAAGAAUGACACAAUAAAACAAAUUAAGCU